AGGCAAUGCUAUCGGUAUUGCAGCAGGUUAUCAUCUGGCCACCAACAAGACCGCCAUGGUAUACCUACAGAACUCUGGACUGGGCAACAUAGUCAACCCCCUGAUGUCCCUUGCUACCCCGGAGGUAUACAGCAUACCCAUGCUACUGCUGAUUGGGUGGAGGGGUGAGCCGGGCAAGAAAGACGAACCACAGCACUUGGUACAGGGAAAGGCGACCGAAGAGAUGCUAGAAGGACUUAAGAUCCCCUAUGCGAUUCUACCCGAUUACGAGGAAGGCGCAGAGCAGGUGCUGCACGAUGCGAAGAAAUACAUGGCUGAGCACAAGGGUCCGUAUGCGUUGCUGGUGAGGAAACGCACGUUCAUGCCGUACAAGUUGGAGAAGAAAUCACAGGGACACGAGCUGUCGAGAGAGAGCGCGCUGAAGCUUGUCGUUGAACAAGUGAGCGAGAAGGCCGCGAUGGUAGGUACGACUGGUAUGCUGUCGCGUGAACUCUUCGAACUGCGCGCCGCAACACAAGCCGGACACCACCGUGACUUCCUGACUGUGGGGUCAAUGGGACACGCGUCCUCCAUUGCCCUGGGCAUUGCACUCGCUCAGCCCGAGCAGGAGGUGGUGUGCCUGGAUGGAGACGGGGCGUUUCUGAUGCACAUGGGUGCGGCGGCUACGAUUGGCGGGGCGAAGUGUGAUAAUCUGAAGCACAUUGUGAUCAACAACGGAGCGCAUGACAGUGUAGGAGGGCAGCCGACUAACUGUCUGGACGAGAGCUUCAGUCUGACACAGAUUGCCCUGGGCGCGGGGUACAAGCACGUGGCUUCCGCACGCACAGCCGUUGAGGUACUGAGUGAGUUGAAGGUGCUGAUGGCCACACCCGGGCCGGCUAUGCUCGAGAUUGUGGUCAAUAAGGGGUCAAGGAAAAACCUAGGGCGUCCGACAAGCUCGCCUAUACAGAACAAAACGGCGUUCAUGAACUUCUUGGAAGACAACGCUAUCAACGCUCAUACGCCGUUGUAAUAAGUUGUACGAGAGUGUCAUUGUGGUACUUUGUACACGCUAGCAGUACUAGUAUAGGGAUCGAUAAGGUUCACUAAAAUAAAUUUAGUAAAGUAAAUUCGUAAUUUCGUGG